UGCGCUGAGAGAUAAUUGAGCGCAGUGAAAGCCGAGCAUUCAUUCAAGGACCUUGACUGGCGCUGCUGAAGCCUCGAGGCUCAGGAGUGAUUCAGCAGCGAGCAGGAGAUAGACGGGAAAGUAAGACCGAAAGAAAGGAGAGAAUAGAAGAACAGGAAAAAAAAGAGGAGGAGGAGGAGAGCGUGAGUUGCGCGCUCCAUUGGCGCCUUAUUUCACUGCUGAACAACAAAACUAUGCGAAAGAGGAUUUUCAACCCAUGAAAACUUCUCUUCUCUUUGCCAAAACCUCAAGCAUUUACUCCAAAUCCACCAAAACUUUGGACUUCAUCGGAUAUUGCGGAUACGUCGAGCGCACCGGAGCUAUCCAGGGGUGUAGCCGUGCUGAUUCUGGUGCGUCUUUGCGCUGGUAGAGGCUGCGAGUGUGUGUGAGCGUGUGUGUGUGUGAGAGAGAGGUGGUGGAGGAUCAGCCGGAGUGGCCGACCAGUCAGAAGGAUGCUGGAGGGCAAUGCCUGCAGAAAGAGAGGAUGAGAUUUGUCGAAAGGCGCUGGAACUGCUCUCCGACCUGUGCUCCAAGGGAGAGGUACAGGACGACCACUGCCUGGAUUUCAUUUACUACUUCAGGGACCUGGCCAGACCGCGUUACACGGACUCAGAUGUAUCGGUAAGCCUGUUGUCCCUGCUGGUGACCACCUGUGGUUUGGCUCUCUUCAGCGUCUCCCUCUUUGUCUCAUGGAAGUUGUGCUGGGUGCCACUGAGUGGCCGCUUCCUCCCAGAUGUCCUCAAGGGGGCCCACUUCUUGGGAGGAGACCAACAGCCUGUCCUCACAGAAGUGGACGGGGAGGACAGAGAGUACAGCGAAGAUGGCUGUGUGAAGGAGCCCUCAGGACCCCCCUCGGCAGUGGCUGUCCCAGAGACAGGCUUAAAGAUAAGCCACACAUCGCCUGACAUUCCCCUGGAGACCCAGACCAAGGUGGAGAAAAACCAGGUCCACACUCUGGCGAGGGACAGGGUCCAGAGACAGAUUACGGAGCCUACGUCGUCUGUACGGCACAACUCCAUCCGUCGUCAGAUGAACUUGUCCAAUCCGGACUUCAACCCAGCUCAGUUUCAGCGCCAAGAGUCUCUUUCUGGUUUGGGCCGAAUCAAACCAGAACUCUACAAGCAGCGCUCGGUGGACGCAGAAGAUGGUCGUCGCACUGACAGCUGUGGGCGUCUCCUCUUUGUCCUGAAGUUUGACUUUGACCUGGAGCAGCUGAUCGUGAAGAUCCACAAGGCCCAGGACCUUCCCGCCAAGGACUUCUCAGGGACCUCCGAUCCUUACGUCAAGAUCUAUCUGCUGCCCGACCGCAAAACCAAGCACCAGACCAAGGUGCACCGCAAGACACUUAACCCAGUGUUCGAUGAGGUGUUUCUCUUUCCUGUGGCGUACGCCGAGCUGACGAGCCGUAAGCUGCACUUCAGCGUCUACGACUUUGACAGGUUCUCUCGCCAUGACUUGAUUGGCCAAGUGGUGGUGGACAACUUCCUGGAUCUGGCCGACUUUCCCCGGGAGACAAAACUGUGCCGGGACAUACAAUAUGUAACCUCGGACAAUGUGGACCUAGGAGAACUGAUGUUCUCAUUGUGCUAUCUCCCUACGGCUGGCAGGCUCACCAUCACCAUGAUCAAAGCCAGAAAUCUCAAAGCCAUGGACAUCACUGGGGCUUCAGAUCCAUAUGUGAAAGUGUCCCUGAUGUGUGAUGGCCGUAGGCUAAAGAAGAGGAAGACAUCAACCAAGCGAAACACUUUGAACCCAGUGUACAAUGAAGCCAUUGUGUUUGAUGUUCCUCCUGAGAACAUCGACCAGAUCAGCCUGCUCAUAGCUGUCAUGGACUAUGAUCGGGUUGGACAUAAUGAAGUCAUCGGGGUAUGCAGGGUGGGCAAUGAGGCAGAGAGCCUGGGGCGAGACCACUGGAAUGAGAUGAUGACAUACCCACGGAAGCCCAUUGCACACUGGCACCCACUCAUAGAGUGGGUUGGACAGGGAGCGACGGGGAGUGGAAGCCAAGGAGGAUCCACCAAUUCCCUGAAGACACCACCAUCGCCAUGACCACACAGACACCCCAACCUACACUCACACAAACACAGACACACACACAGAGCCUCAGGGUGGUAGACCGAUAGAUGAUGGACAUGCAGAUAGUCCUAUUGAAAUGUUUAAAAAUGCAGUACAAGGUUUGACUAACAAGUGACUACAGUAGAAACAUCAGCUAAAAGCCAUUAAACUGGUGUGUCAUUAGACUGAGUGUGCUAAGACUGCUGCAAAAGCUAAUGCCCACUUCUUUCCUCCCCUUGUGUCUUCACAACCAAAAAAAUCACUUAACUACAUUCCAACUGAAUUACUACAGUACUUUCAUUUGUCAUUUUGAGUUGUUACUGACAGUAUUAACAGGUUGAGAUUAUCUAACAGGUCAAGCUUUUUUAACAAAUUGCAGUUUGUGGACCAAAAUAAUUAAUUUUUAGGCCAAUGUGUGAAGCUGUAACUUGUGAUUUGUGUGAGUGAUAGGCUAUCAUAGACACAGUAAGAGUUAAACAUUUGAGGUUACAGAAUUAGAAACAACAGAGAGGGCAUUCCUGUUCAAAUCAACAGAGUUGAAUCAGCUCUUUUGUUUUGCUGUUGUGUCGAACAGUCAAACUACUCUUGCAUUGGUAAAGUGCUGCCUAGACUCUGUGGCAGCCAUAGCAGACAUAGACAAAGGAGAUUUUCUUUGUGUAAGCCUUAGUUUUACCUUUAUGGGCGACUUUCUCACAGGACAUUUCCUGCAGAGAUGUAAACCGAAGAGAAUUUGCUCCAAGAAUGUGUAAAGCAGCUGAAAGAGGAAUCAGACAGUGUUUUAUUUACUGCAUGUUAAAUCGUCAUACUCUGUUAACAGGGUGUGGUCAAAAUAAAGAAAACACAGGUGUUGGGGGUGCCAAAGAAAGUGGCAUGUUUUUCUGGCAAAAGGGCAUAAUCUCUGAGUACGACUGCUAAUGAUUCUCAGUGAUAUUCUUGGCUUCUGAGUUGAAGGAUUAUUCUGUUUUUUUUAAAACUUGAGUAUUAUAUAUGAUGUAAUGUAUAUAUAUGAUGACCCAUAUAAGAUAUAACACCAACAAACACAAAAAAUUAAAAAACACCUUUAGGCUACAAAAUAAAAUGUAUUAACAUGUCAGAGUACCCACUAGUGAAACAACACACCGUCUCAACACCACAGAGCUCUCAUGUCCGCACCAACAAUAAAUUCAUUUUCUGUAGUCAGACAUUUGCAGCCUAAGCAUACAAGUGAUUUUCAAUAGACAACAAAAACAACUGCCUUCUCUCGUUUAGCUUCACUAGCAUUAACCAGAAAAGAGGGCAAAACUCAAGCAAUUAAACAAGUUACAGAUAUUAAACAGCCUAACACUUCUAAUGAAAUGAACAGCAGAAUAAAGCAUCACUAAGACUGACAAUACAGAUAUUAUAAAAACAUAAACUCAACAGUGAAUGCAGCCUAUAAGCACACUUAUAUAAAAGCAAAGAGAGAACUGCACAGUUUUGGCACACUGUGUGGCGCACACACAAAACGCAGUCUGGUCUCACAGAAAUACAUGAAAUGACCACAAUCUCAUAACAGCUUUCAUUACUUAACAUGGUGGUGGCGGCACAUAAUGUGUUGACAUGCUGGCACCAAAGAAACAGUGCCAAUGGAAAGUCAAUCAGGAUCCUUUGUUGUGGUGGACACAAGAAUUCCCUAGUUCAACGGCGUCAUGCAGUGAGCGGUGGUUAAUGCUACGACCCCAUAGAUAGUGAAAAGAGUGGAAAAAGUCAGAGUAAGGAGGAGGUCCAGGAGGUGGAUGGGUCAAACAAAGCAGGACUUUCACCAAGGAGACCACUGUUUGUGUCCUGUGUAAAAACAAUAAGUCAACGUUGACUUCUUCUAACUUAACAUACUUACAUUCUUCUCGCUACAUGAUGUACUGACGUCACAUUAUGACAUACAUACAUAACAAACACUUAUUUUAACCAAAAACAUACUCUUUUUCUAAACCUAACCAAAGUAGUUUUUGUGCCUAAACCGAAUUGUGCCACCACCACAUAAUGCCACGCCAAGAAGUUGUGGUCAUUUCUUGUAAUUCUGUUAGAUCAUGUUGCUCCCGAGGCAACAGUCUGGUUGUUAUCGUUUUCAGCUGGAGAGAGAGUUGUUAUUGUUCUCAACUGUCUGACCAUACUGUAUUCUGUGAGUGGGACAGACAAAAGCAGGUGCACUCCUUAGUUCAAUUUUUGGUCUCCACCAACUCUUGAGGGAAUUUCUGGCCCCACUAACACCCACUAACAUCUGGCUUAUGUCUUUAGUGGGAAAGGUUACAACUGCUAUUUCUACCCGGGACAAAUAACUUAGCAGUAGUCACAGGCUCAGAUUGGCAGUGAUGGAAAUACUACACUCGUGUGGACGUGCUAAUCUUUGCCCCUCAUCUGGUGUGAUUCAAUGACACGCUACCACUAAAUGCUGCCAAUCUCAGUCAAAGUAGCGGCCAAACUCAGUUUCAAAGUUUGCACCAAGAUUUAAAGAGAGACUGAAUAAGUAACAAAAGAGUAACCACCUUAUCAUUUUCACUGGCCUCCAUGCUGCUUUCUAUUGUUUACUAACCCUGUUUAUUGGGGUGUUCAUGGCACAGGACGUGGCACACCAGUAAAAAAGCAGAGGCAUACUCCUCUAAUGCAGAGCUGUUUACACCCCUCUGGUCUACUGGCACCGGGAAAGGAGUCUAUCGCCUAUUUUUAUCAGGGUUUCUCACAUUAUAAAAAAACACAUAUAUGCGCUAUACACAUUAAUUUUGGUGCAAAAAGGGCAUAAGAAGAGCUGUAGGGUCCUUGGGGGCUUGGAAAGAAAAGAUGAACCCAAUGUGUUACCUGAACUGUCUGCUGUAAACAGUUUACAGACUUACUUCCUGGUUUAACUUUGCCCCUACUGUACUUGACUCAGUUGUGCGUAAUUUUCAUGUGGAAUGUGGUACUGUUACCAAUUUUUAUCAUGCACUUUCUUCAGGAGCUUUGACCUCAGAAUCAAGUGGUUUAGAUAUUCUGGAUAAACUGUUGACCAAUCUGACUGCACAUUAUUUUUGCCCAACCUGACAUCCUAACAAUGGUGACAUGUACCCAGAUCUCAGCAAGUAAAUACAAUGUGAUAGUGGCUGAUAGAAAUGAUGGACAAAUCCAAGACAGUGAGACAAAAAUGUAAAAACAACAAUAUUCUCUUAUGGUUCCAGAUGCGGGUGUACACUCUUUAAAAAGCCUUGUUUUAUGGUUUACUUUAUCAAACCAGUGGGUAAAUAUUUUUGCCUUUGUGAUGGGGGGCUUUGCCAUUGUAAAUCCAACAAAUAAUGACAAUGAUCACUCAGAAUCAUGUUGUCAGUAGGGAUUAGUCUUUCCUUUGCCAUGAAAUAAGUGACUGAAUUGUUUCCAUUCUGAAAAAAACUUGCAGCAGCCCGAUCCAACUGUAAUGGGACUUAAUGUUAUCCAUUUAGACCACACCCUGCUGUUGUUUUGAUAAGUCAGUGUUUGUUUUUUUCAAAACUGAGAUUAAUACCAGUAUUGUUUAUGUCUUUGUAUUGGACACUGUCACAGAUAACAAUGACAAUUUCCUCUGUGUUUUAAGGUACAGUGCAUGCAUCAUUUUUCUGUGAGUCAUUUUUAAAUCUCUUCUGUUGUGAGAUACUAACCAAAUUGUAAACACAAGAUGUAUUAUGAACUUAAGGCAGGCUGUGUAAACUGUCCAUU